ACUCCGCUCGAACCGCCCGCCGUCGGGUUUUCAGCCUGGAUGCGCUGGCCGCGUUCAUCCGACCCGGGAAAGGACCGCAGAGGCUCUGGAGCAAUUCAGAGGGUCGGCGUAUCCUAGAUCUGGGCCGACCCCACAAAAUCUCGGCUGUCUGCCUCUGUGACAUCAUGCUCUGUGCCAGUGUGAAUUCAAAAUGACGAACGAAGAACCCCUCCCCAAAAAAGUCCGUCUUAGUGAAACAGACUUCAAAGUUAUGGCUAGAGAUGAGCUGAUCCUAAGGUGGAAGCAGUAUGAAGCCUAUGUCCAAGCUUUGGAGGGCAAAUACACCGAUCUUAACUCUAAUGAUGUAACUGGAUUGAGAGAAUCUGAAGAAAAGUUAAAGCAGCAACAGCAAGAGUCUGCCCGAAGGGAAAAUAUCCUUGUGAUGAGACUGGCAACUAAAGAGCAAGAGAUGCAGGAGUGUACUACUCAAAUUCAGUACCUCAAGCAAGUCCAGCAGCCUAGCGUGGCCCAACUGAGAUCAACCAUGGUGGACCCAGCCAUCAACUUGUUUUUCCUCAAAAUGAAAGGGGAACUGGAACAGACUAAAGACAAACUGGAACAAGCCCAAAAUGAACUGAGUGCCUGGAAAUUUACGCCUGAUAGCCAAACAGGCAAAAAGUUAAUGGCGAAGUGUCGAAUGCUUAUCCAGGAGAAUCAAGAGCUUGGAAGGCAGCUGUCCCAGGGCCGUAUUGCGCAACUUGAAGCAGAGUUGGCUUUACAGAAGAAAUAUAGUGAGGAACUUAAAAGCAGUCAGGAUGAGCUCAAUGACUUCAUCAUCCAGCUCGACGAAGAGGUCGAGGGCAUGCAGAGCACCAUUCUGGUUCUGCAGCAGCAACUCAAGGAAACUCGCCAGCAGCUGGCCCAGUACCAGCAGCAGCAGCAGCAGCAGCAGGCGCCGGCGCCGCCGGCCCAGGCCUCGGUCCCGGGUUCCAGCAGGACUCCGGCGUCCGAGCCCGCCGAGCAGGGGGAGGCUUUAGGGAAAGACUGCAGCCGCCUGGCUAACGGACCAAGUAACGGCAGCUCCUCCCACCAGAGGACACCGGGGCCCGGCUUUUACAGGGAGGGGAGCAACGCGGAAGACGACUUCCCUCCGUCCCCGGGCGACGCCAAUCAGGUCUCCAACAACUCCGAAGAGAGAACCGGCAGAGGAGGUGGUGGUGGCGGCGGCGGCGGUGGUUACGGAAACCAGCUCAGUACCGGGUACGAAAGCGUAGACUCUCCUACUGGCAGCGAGAACUCUCUCACACACCACUCAAAUGACACAGACUCCAAUCACGAUCCUCAAGAGGAGAAAGCGGUGAGCGGGAAAGGUAACCGGACUCUGGGUCCCCGGCACGUGCAGAACGGUUUGGACUCCAGUGUGAAUGUCCCGGGUUCCGUUUUGUAACGUUGCUUUUGGUGGUGGUUGUUUUUUUAUUUCUUGGUGGGGUUUCUUUUGUGGUUCGUUUCAUUUUUUUGGUGGGCUUGUUUUUUUUUUGCCGGCAACAUUUUUAUACUGUGUCGUUUAACUUGGGAGAGGAUUCUGCCCACAGACAAAUUAGCGCAUAUUUUUGGGUCACAAUUUGCCUUUCCGUGGGGCGCUUUGGGGUGGGUCGUCGGUUUUUUUUUUUUUUUUCCCCCCUGGUUUGGCUUAUUUGUUUUCUCUUUCUGUUGGGUUUUGUUUCGCUUCGAUACCUCUGCCACUUUGGAAGUUUUAACAGUUAAUUACGUUGAACGUCGCUAAGAGGACGUUCGUGUAGGCUCAAGUUAUUUUUAUAUGGGUUAACGUGAAGCUGAAAAUGGAAAUAGUCCCACAAGGUAUAACUCACAAUGAUGUCUGUACAAAUCUGUGUAUAUCUAGAACCUGUGCUGUGUAAGGGCAUUCUUACUCAUACUGUUAUUCUACUUAUGCAACGUUCGGAUACUUGUCAUAGUAGUCGUGGGUUUUAUGACUGCCAAGUUUGCCCAGUACAGUAGUUUUAUCACUAAAAGUCGGACUUGUUGAUGGAGUCCUGUAGUAGUUUCAGUGUUAAGUACAAUUUUUUCCACCAUACUACAUCUGUGCAUUUUCUCUUUAGGUGACUGAAUGUUUAAGAAUUUUGUGUGCAUAGUUACUCAGUUUUUAAGGAACUGUUGUAUCCUGUUAAUGCAUAUUGCUCUGUGACUCCAGUAUAUCUUACCUGUACUGACCAAACCUAAAUAAAGAUUUUUAAUAACGUUCA